GUAAAAACAUUAAAAUUGUCAGAUGUCUGCUACUUUUCAACAUCAUGAUUAAAUAAAUAAAUAUACAAGCAAUCAUAAUUUAAUUUCGAAUUUAAAAAUAUUCAGAUUAAAAUAAACUGGCCCUAAGUGAUAAACAAAAAAUUCUAAUAUUUAUUCAUCAUCCGAAUAUUUAAAAUUAAUGCUACAAUUUUUCUAACCUAUGAUAAUUAAAUCAUCAAACAGCUGACAAUUUGUAUCGACAAAAUUAAAAAAUGCCAUUUGAGAAGCUUUUGGGAUAAAGUAAAACUACUUAACCCAGAUAUAAGAUGGCGCUCAUGUAGUUUUUGACCAGUUGCCAAAUAUCUUGAUCCUUUAUCGCCAUUUCGCAUUUUCUCAAAGUCAUGAGUCAGCAGUCGUUGUCUCAAAUUCGUGGCUUUGUUUUUAAUAAAUUCAUUUCCUCCUGCCUAUAGUGCAAUUAAAAAAAAAACAACAAAAAAUUGACUGAUAGUGAAACAAAAAUAUCAAAUAACUACAAUUUAAUAUUUUGAAUAUAAUUGUGUCAUACUCAAUACAAUAUAUAAUCAAAAUAUAUAUUUUUGAUACUGCUACAAGACAAGUAUUAAUUUUAUGAAUCAUUAAUUUGGUCAUAUAUAACGUAUUUAAAAUAAUAAAAAUAUAUAAAAUGGAUGAACUUGAGCAAGAAAAAAUACAUGACGCAAAAAUAAAGGAAUUAAUUGAGAAUUGCUCAGCAUUAAAAAUGGAUCCAGCGCUAAAAUCAAAAGCUUAUGUGUACACGACACCUGAAAAAAGAUAUUCAAUGAUUUGGACAAAAGAAGAAUCACAAAAUGGCGAAAAAAUGUAUUAUUAUUAUAGAGUGCAAAUACUUGGACUAUUUGAAAACGAUCAUAACGAAGAGAAAAAUUAUAUACUUAAACAAAAUUGGGGUACUUUUGAUACUGUUAAUCAUCGCACACGUUCUGAAUCAUUACCACUGUCAUUUUGCAUUACAAAAUUCAUGAUUCAAACAACCGAACGAAGUAGAAAUUAUGUGUUUGCUAAAAUAAAAGAUAAUGAUAUUAAUAAUAGUGAAUUACCAUUAUCAAUUCGUGAGCUUAUCAUAAGAUAUAUAUUUGACAUUGAUUUUUUGAAAAGAAUGAUGGAAGAACAUACAUUUGAUGUUAAAAAUAUAAUAAUUGAAUUCAUUACAAUAACAGAUGAAUUUAAAGAUAUUAGAACUAAAUUAUCUAAUUAUCGAUCAAAGAAUUAUGCUCUGGCAUCAGCCACAGACGCUCAACUUGAAGCUCAGUAUAAAAUAAUACGUGAAUUUUUGAAUAAAAAAAUUACAUGUCAAUCCAAUGGUGAUGAUAAUAAUAAAACUUUUAGUUUAAUGAAUUUUUAUUACAAGCAAUUGCACACGACAAUAAAUGUACUCGAUAGGAAUGAUGAACGUUAUAAAAUAAUUGUAAAAUAUUUUGAAAACACUAAAUCAGAGAACCAUAGUCACAUGCGAUUAACUAUAGAUAAUGUUUUUGUCAUUGAAAGACCUUGUGAUAAUGACAGAUAUACUAAAAAUUUGGAAAAUAAGAAACUACUUUGGCAUGGGACCAAUGUCUCUAAUGUUCCGUCAAUUUUAUAUGAAGGUUUUAGAACAACUAAAGCUCGACAUGGAAUGUUUGGUACUGGAAUAUACUUUGCAAAUUCAGUAUCCAAAUCAGCAGGUUAUUGUGAGGCUGGAAAGCACGGUGUUAUAUUUUUGUGUGAAGUUGCGUUGGGUAACGUUAUGGGAUGUCAUGGACCACAAUACGGUAUGAAUAUUUAUGAAGAAUUACCAGAAAGGUUUAAUUCAAUUUGCGGUAAAGGUAUGUGGUCACCUGACCCAAGUGAUAGUGUUACUAUUGAUGGAGAUGUUGUUGUACCUUGUGGUAAACUUACCACAUCUUAUUCAACUGGUACUACUUUACAGCAUGAUGAAUUUAUUGUUUAUAAUCCAGCGCAAAUAAAAAUGCGUUAUCUUGUAUCAGUCAAUUUUAAGUAAUUUUUUUUUAUUUGUAUCAUUGUAAAUCUAAGUGCGUUGCAAGUUAUUAUUUUAAUCCAUUAAUCAUUAGGAAAAAUGAUUCAAAACAAUUUAAUUUUAAUACUAUAUAGAUUGACAGUCAUCAUUGAGUAAAUCACUUUCUUUAAUCAAGGACAUUAAAUAUGUUGCCACACUCGGGUAAAAAAAAUAUAUAUAAUUUUAAAUUAAUGAUGAAUAUAUAUCUAUAUAGUAUUAAAAUUAAAUCGUUUUUUUAAAUCAGGGAGUAUUUAUGUACAAUU